AUGGACCGGGAUGCUCUGGUGGACUACGAGUAUCCGGACUUGGAGCCUCUUCCCACCAAAGUCCAGCAAGAAAUCAUCGGCCCGUGUGACCCGACGGCGGAUGACAAACUCUACCACAUUUCCAUCACUGCCAUUUCUGUGGUGAUCAUGCUCAUACUCGCCAUUUUAGCGCGAAAAAAUUGGUCUCCCUCCAAACAGAGCAGUGUCGCCGGGUUGUUCAGUCCGGUGAACUUCCUGGACCAUACGCAGCACAAGGGGCUGGCGGGGGCCGUGUUCGGGGUCCUCCUGUGUCGUCUGUUCGGGAUGUUGAUGUCUGAGGACCCUCUGCCCUUCACCGCACACACACAACACAAAGAUUAUUGGGUGAUCCUGGGAAUCUUCUACUACCCCGCCCUGUACUACCCGCUCCUGGCAUGUGGCACUUUACACAACAAAGUGGGCUACGUCCUCGGCAGCCUGCUCUCCUGGACACACUUCGGAGUUCUGGUUUGGCAGAAGAUAGACUGCCCCAGGACGCCACAGAUCCACAAAUACUUCUCUCUUUUCUCCAGUUUUCCACAAAUAGCCUGUUUGGCAUUCCUCAGUUUCCAGUACCCGCUGAUGCUGUUCAAGGGCCUCCAGGGCACGGACUCAGACAAUGCAGACGAGGACCUGAACAGCAGCUACUACCGAGACUACGUCAAGGAAAUUCUAAAGAAGAAGCCCAAAAAAAUCAGUCCGUCCAGUGAGACGCCGGGUCUGAUGCAGAGAGUCACUGAUGCGGUCAAGUCCUACAUCUACACACCAGAAGAAGCUUUUCGUUUCCCUCUGAAGUUGUCAAUCUCCUGCGUCGUGGCCUUCAUCUCCCUCUAUCAGGUGGCGCUGCUCCUGGUUCUGAGCGUGGUACCGACGCUGCAGACGGCCCGGAUGGGCGUGGACCUGGACAUCGCCAAAGUUUUGGCCGGAUUCAAAAUCGAACUGUCCCAAGAUCCUCACGAGGUGAAGAGGCUCGUCAUCUACUACAUGUGGUGCUUCGAAGUCUGCUACAUCUCGUCCAUCUCUCUGUCUGCUCUGGUCAACCUGGUCAUGCUCAUGCGCUCCAUGGUACUGCACAGGUCUAAUCUGAAGAGUCUGUACCGAGGAGACGUCUUCAGUGUUUACAGUCGUCAGAGAAGGAUCCGUGCGUCACGUCCUGCUCUGGUUUGUUGGAUGAGCUACACCAGCUACACCGCGGCGCACACUGUCACCGCGGUGCUGAUCCAGACCCUGGUGUUCUUCCUCUCUCUCUUGGUGGCGGUCUUCCUCGUCAUCAUCCCCGUCCUCCACGGACAGAACCUGUUUCUGUUCCAGGCUUUAUGGAGCAUGUGGCCGUUCUGGUUGAUGAUUGUUCUGGUGGUGCUGAUGCAACACGUCUGCGCCCGGUUCUUCUUCAUCAAGAAGACGUCUGGGACAAAAGACUUAGACAACAGGGUGAAGCUCUUCCUGAUGACCUACCUGCUGUUCCCGGUGAGCGUCCUGCUGGGCGUCCUGAUGUCGGCGUGGCGUCUGGUCGUCACCGCGCUCUUCAACAUCGUCCAUCUGGGACGAAUGGACAUCAGCCUGCUCAACCGCAACGUGGAGGCAUUUGACCCAGGUAGCUUUGGUUAA